AUGCAACUCGAAAUCAAUCUCGCGAAGCUUCCGACCAAGAACUACAGCUCUGCGGUUGUUAAGAUCAUUGCUGAGUCUGUCACCGACCCAAUCAACUACGCCCCGCAGGACAACCCUGACGGCGCAACGGCAACUGAGACCUACCUGCAAGUCUAUCUCUGUGCGACAGAAAUGGGCAUGGACGUUCUGCAAAGCUUUGCUUUCAAGUUCAUAAGAGGAGCCCUUGCGAGAGAAGGACUCACAGUGCAACAGCUCAAGAACUUGAUCGAGAAUCACAAGAUCUUUACUCCGGAUUUCUGCAAGAAGGCGCUGUCGGUACCACAGUAUCAGAAGGUCAUGUGCGCCUUCGCUACUCAUAUCGUUGCGCAUCGAGAAGACUUCGAUGGCAAUCCUGUGUACGGAACUCUGAUGGUUACCACCGAGGGAUAUCUGCCGACUUACCUCAAUAUCAUCCAUAGUAAAGUUAGAUCUGUCGUGGAGCAACUCAAGAGGGAGGACAAAAACAUGGAUGCCGGCAAUGACAACGAGUCGGUCAAGCCUUAG